CCGAAAUCGUCAUCCACGACCGUAGGUCGAGUCCCGCCUCCGCGGUCUACAAUUGGCUGAGGCGGCACGUCCCGGCGGAACUAGGGCGGGGCGCCAGUGCCGCUUCUGCGGACGGGACAGAAGCAACGAGAAGCGCAGGUAGUCGUUUCAUCUAGCCGAAGAUACAGCGAACCGGUGUAGCGGGGCUGUUUGGCGGUGCGGGAACGACGGGGCGUUGCUACCGGAGUCUUCCAUUUGUGAGGAGUGGCACCGCGUCGCCCGCACAUGUGCUGAGAUCAUCAGAGUCCGAGCAAAGCCGAAGAGUGCUCAUCUCUUCACAGUUUGCCAGAUAUCAGUGUUCUUCAGGGAAGUGACGCAGCCUCCUUCUGCGACUGCAUGGAAGCCAUGUGGUCUUCCUGGCCUUUCCACCUGGCGAUAGUGCUGUGCUCCGUGCUCUCUGUGGUGCGUGUGGAGACGGCACCCUGCCAGACGUGCCGCAAACUCACAGAAAACUUCAUUAAGGGCUUAGAGCGAACAGCCAAUAAGAACUUUGGGGGCGGGAACACCGCUUGGGAGGAGGAGAAACUUGCUAAAUAUGCAAGGAGCGAGACACGGCUCUUGGAGAUCGUGGAGUCGGUGUGUGAGAGCUCAGACUUCGAUUGCAACAGGCUGCUGGAGCAGAUCGAGGACCAGGUGGAGACGUGGUGGUUCAAGAGGCAGCAGGAGGCGCCUGACCUCUACGAAUGGCUUUGCAUUGAUGAACUCCGAUUGUGUUGUCCCGAAGGCAGGUUUGGCCUUGAAUGCUCAGAGUGUCCCAGGGGUCCCGGAGGCGUGUGCGGGGGCUUGGGACGGUGUGAGGGCGAAGGAACUCGCUUAGGGGACGGUGAAUGUGUGUGUGACCCGGGCUAUGCUGGGGAGCUGUGUCAGCAGUGUGCCGACGGCUACUACAGGGAGAAGACCUCCAACCACACGGUGGCGCUCUGUUCAGCCUGCUACCGUGCUUGUAAACACUGCACUGGACCGGAGGACUACAAAUGCCUGGACUGCAAGCCAGGCUGGACUCUCCACGACCACAAGUGUGUGGACGUGGAUGAAUGUGGCACUGAACUGGCAAAAUGUCCUUCCAACACGUACUGCUUCAACACGGACGGCUCCUAUGAGUGCAGGGGCUGUGACCAGGCAUGCGUGGGAUGCAUGGGCAGCGGACCAGCCCGCUGUAAGAAGUGUGCCCGUGGGUACAGGCUGGUGGGGCCCAAGUGUCUGGACAUCGACGAGUGCAGCGAGAGGGCAAUGGCAUGUCCAGGGCUGAACGAGGCCUGUGUCAACGAGGAGGGCUCCUUCCGCUGUGACUGUGCAGACGGGUUUGUGCGCAGGGACAGCAUCUGCGUGGAGAACCUGCCUCUCUCGGGACCUGAGAAGGGUCUUUUCGAGGACAUGACGGACGACGAGGUGCUGGUGCUACAGCAGAUGUUCUUUGGAGUGGUGAUCUGUGCGCUGGCCACGCUGGCAGCCAAGGGCGACAUGGUGUUUACCGCCAUCUUCAUCGGGGGAGUGGCUGCCAUGGCCGGAUACUGGCUCUCGGAGAAGGGCGACCGCGUGCUGGACGGAUUCCUGCGGGGGCGCUAACCUUCUAACUGGGGGGGAAUGGUUGGAGUGGAGAGCAGGGGCUUCGGGAUGAGAGGACGAAAUUUCAGAAAUAAAAAUUUAACAGUGGAACUGCAACUGUAGGCUGGCCAGUGGGGUAGUAAUGUGCAGGUUGUCCUUAACUGCAGUGUAGUUUUUGGGUCGUCAUGAAUUUUUGUGGCCAGUUGCCUGAACACCACCAGCCCCCCCACCCCCCGCCCCGCAUCAUGCUUGGAGUUCUGGGGCCCUGACCAUGCUGGGACAUUUCAACACUCACAAGAGGUUUGUUUGUUUAUUUAUUUAUUUGUAUCUUUCAGACUUGCAAAGCUGAGCAACAGAAAAUUGCUGAUCGCCAGUCUAGCUUUUAGCUUCAGCCGGCGAGGCGAACGGCGCGUCACUGGAGUGUAGCCCCGACUACGGGUAUUUUCAGUUCAGGAUCCCGUCGGGGAAAGCUUGAGAAUGAACAUUUUCUUUUAUCAUUUUUGUUCUUUUGUUGUACAGGAAAAUGUCUGGAGUGCAUGAGAAGCCAUUCAGUCAGCCAGUGUGUUUUUGACACAAGCCUUUUUGCAGCUGUGAGGAGGAUUUGCUCAAACGUGCUUUUUACUGAAGCAUAAAUGGCGGGACUUUAGUUAUGCCUGUUGUUUUUAAUGCAGAAUUAUUUGUGAAUUUACCCAUAAAAACCUACUGCCUCAGCUGUGUGUGUCUGUGCAGGGGUGUCUCUGCGUGCAUGCAUGCAUGCGUGUGUGUGUGUGUGUGUGUGUGUGUGUGUUUCUCUCCACACUCCCUUUUACCUUAUGUAAGGAGCGAACAUUAGAGUCUGUGGUGCUUGGUGGGUCCCAUCCUUCACUUCAGUGCUGUCUCCCCUUCAGUGUUCUUGUCAAUUUUCAAGUCGGUACACAGCUUUCAUUGCCGGUGUGUUGAAUGACCGCUUGGUUCCCACAUGCUAUGCAGCGCCAUGUCCAUUCUACCACCUGUGUAUCUUGCUGUUGCUUGUCUUCCCUGUGGACCAGUUUGAAAGAAGGGCUGCGUGUAUCGUGUGGCGAAGCUCUGAGGUCUGUUACCCCCAGUUCCUGUCUGAAGCAUUGGUUCCUGUCCUGCUUGAUUCUGUCUGGCAGUGUUUCCCAACCCGGUUCUCCGGGACCCACAGAUGGUCCACAUUACUGCUCUUUCACAGCUCCCGGUGGACAAAAACAUGUCUGGGGAUCCUUGAGGACCAUGUUGAGAAACGGUGGUCUGUGUUAGGGAUGACAUCGUGACUCAUAAAGAACAAACCCCGGCCAUCGCCAGCCUCCUCCAGCUGUCCGUCCGCGUUCCUCACUGUGUGAAACCACCCGCAUCUCUCCUGCCUCACGGAGCGCAGUUAUGUCGAGAAAAUUGCACUUCUUAACACAGCUGUUUAUUAUUAUUAUUAUUAUUAUUAUUAUUAUUAUUAAAAAUAUGAACUUUGA